UUCCCCACGCCCCGCCCGCAGCGAGCGGCAGCCGCGCCCCGCAGCGCCCCGCCCCUGGCGCACCUCCCUCCGCCGGACGGUGGCCGCGCGGGGCCGUUUCGCGCUCUCCCAUGGCGGAGCGGGAGGAUGUCGCUGGUGCUGGGGCUGCUGUCGCACACGCUGAGCAGAGUGCUGCGGUACUCCGGGCUGCGUAGGGGCUGCCAUGCCCCGCCCCGCAGGGCCAUGGAGCAGGACAAGGCGCUCGAGGUUUACGAUAUCAUCCGAACCAUCCGGGACCCGGAGAAACCAAACACUUUAGAAGAACUGGAAGUGGUGACGGAAAGCUGCGUCAAAGUGAAUGAGAUUGGCGAGGAAGAGUAUCUGGUUGUCAUCAGGUUCACACCAACAGUACCUCACUGCUCUUUGGCUACUCUCAUUGGCCUUUGUUUAAGAAUAAAACUUCAGAGAUGCUUGCCUUUCAGACAUAAGCUGGAAAUCUACAUAUCUGAAGGUACACAUUCCACUGAAGAAGACAUCAAUAAGCAAAUCAACGACAAAGAGAGAGUCGCAGCUGCGAUGGAGAAUCCAAACCUGCGUGAGAUCGUGGAGCAGUGCGUGACAGAGCCUGACUAGGAGCUGCAGCACACAGCAUUUUGAUACGUUUCUUAAAGUUAUCUUUGUUUAAAAAAGAGGAAUCAAAGCCUUGAGUUUAAUACUUGAGUUCUUUUUAUCUUCUGUAUGUUUUUUAAAAAAAUUGUUUAUAAGAUAGAUAUAAAUUAUGAAAAAUCAGUCUCUAAAAUAAAACAAAGUAUAUAGUGUUAAGAGUUUGUAAUAUCUGGUGUCCAGAGAAGUAUUUUAUCUCAUUAAAAAAUGAAACAGCACCGUAUGUAUUGCCUUCUGAUGGACAUUGUGACACAAACGCAGUUUUGCAGGUUAAAUUUCUAUGGUUUCAAUCACCACACUGUAAAAAUAAAAGAGAUUCUUGUACUGAAAUGCUGCUUUGAGAUCAGCACCUUUUUUUUUUUUCUUUAGCUUAGGUUUGGGUUUCUGCUAGAGAAGUUAACGUUUAUUCAACCUGUUUGUUUCCAGUGAACACAUUAAAAUUGAAAUGAAUUCAGUGAACUGGGAACCAAGCGAUUGGACUGCAGCCUUUACCGAGACCCCAUUUUUGCUAAAUGUCUGUAUUGUUUACAAGUACAUGUUUCUGAUUCUGGUUUCCAAUUACCUUGAGGGUAAGUUCUCCUGUGGCGACGUGUUGCCAGUUUGAUCCUGCUGUUUGUUGCAGCUUACCUGCAGCGUGGGACAGGAGAGAAGCCUGCAGCCUGUGGUCACCGCUGUUCUGUUUCUUUUUGCUGCUCCCUCUCUAAUCUGACCUGGGGCAUCCAUCAUGUUGUCAGCUGUCACGUGUUUUCUCUCUCAAGUCCCCCGGGGUUCAUUUCCUGCUGCAGCUGUGGGUUUGACCAUGCACUUACUUUCCCUGAAGAAUUAGGCGGAUAUUUCUCUCGGCUGUCCUUGGGGAGAAGUGAUGUUCAGGAUCCACAGCACAGCCACAGGAGGGCCCCAGUGCUGAGCCUGUGUGCAGCUGUGUGUGCUGCUGGCUGGCAAACCAUUCCCAGAUCCUGAGGUGUUACCUGGGCAGUGCAAAGCAGCUUGUGCAACUGGUUUUCCCCCAAGUAAAAAACUUGGGUUGGAGCCUUUCCCAAGUGGAGCUGUGAUGACUGUAGCAGGCUUGUAUUUGGUUAAACAGCAAGAAAUCCUCAGAGUUCUGUGCAACAUCUGUUGAGAUUUCUGGGAUUUGUAACCAUUUUAAUAAUGAGCUUCAUGAAGCUCUCCUGAAGGCAUGAAUGACUGAAUGGGUUCCAUCUAGGCUGCGCGUUAUGAACGGUGGAGAAAAUGUUCUUGUAGAACGACGCUCUGACGGAUGUCACAGCUGUAAUCUCCCUGCUUCAGUGCCAAAGUCCCACUUUGGUCAAAAUCAACAAUCUGUGUAUUUACAUUUCAGCUGGAAUAGCCUACCACAAUAUAUCCUAA